GGAACCAUGUUGCGGGCGGUCGCGGCGCAGCGCCUACGGCGGGCGGCAUCGCUGCUCCGGAGGUUUCAGAGUACAUUAGUCAUAGCAGAACACAACAAUGAGACUCUUACACCCAUUACACUAAAUACUAUCACUGCGGCAAAACAUCUUGGAGGUGAAGUUUCUUGUUUAGUAGCUGGUACCAGCUGUGACAAGGUAGCACAAGAACUCAGCAAAGUGCAGGGUGUUGCAAAAGUUCUAGUGGCUCAGCACGAUGUAUACAAGGGAUUUCUAGCAGAGGAGCUGACUCCCUUGAUUUUGGAAACUCAUAAAAAAUUUAAUUACACCCACAUUUGCGCUGGAGCAUCUGCCUUUGGGAAGAAUCUUAUUCCCAGAGUGGCUGGCAAACUUGAUGUUGCCCCUGUUUCUGACAUCAUUGAAAUUCAGUCACCAGACACUUUUGUGAGAACUAUCUAUGCAGGAAAUAUUCUUUGCACUGUGCAAUGUGAUGAAGCAAUUAAAGUAUUUACCGUACGGGGAACUUCUUUUGAGGCUGCACCAACAAGUGGUGGUAGUGCCAGUUUAGAAAAGUUAACUCCUCCACCGCCUGUUGGUCUGUCUGAAUGGAUUGAGCAGAAGUUGACAAAAAGCGAUCGACCAGAGCUUACUAGUGCAAAAGUGGUUGUAUCGGGUGGGAGGGGCUUGAAGAGCGGUGAAAAUUUUAAGUUGUUAUAUGAUCUUGCGGAUCAAUUGCAUGCUGCAGUUGGAGCUUCCCGUGCAGCUGUUGAUGCUGGCUUUGUUCCCAACGACAUGCAAGUUGGACAGACGGGCAAAAUAGUAGCACCAGAACUUUAUAUUGCCGUGGGAAUAUCUGGAGCAAUCCAACACUUGGCUGGGAUGAAAGACAGCAAGACCAUUGUUGCUAUUAACAAGGAUCCGGAAGCUCCAAUUUUCCAAGUGGCAGAUUACGGCCUGGUGGCAGACCUAUUUCAGGCGGUGCCGGAGAUGACUGAGCUCCUGAAGAAGAAGUGAGCGACGGUGCUGGACCCUGCACUGCAGGUGGGGUGUGGGGUGGGGAAUAAGGGCAAAUAAAGGAUUGUAC